AUAAAAUUUAAAUUUCUUACUUUGUGUUCUUCCUCAUGCGCCAGACGACGUCGUUUAAUCCCAUCAUGAAGUCCAAAUUCCUUCGUAGACUCAAGUUGUUUGUCACCUCCAAUGCCCAAGCUAAUGACCCGAACCAAGAGUGUUUGGAUCUUCGAGAAGAGUACGCCAAAGCAUUUCGAACCGAAUCCUACAACGAUUUUUGGACAACAGUACUUGCCCUAAACAAAGGUAACCUUGUGACCCACCGAAGUGUCGGGUCGUCAACAUCCGCCCGCCUCCCGUCCUAUCGUCUCUUUGCCGAGCAUCUCUUGGAUCCGGAUCAACCCACGGUCACCCGGAUCCUUGCUUCGACCCAAACCAGGCCGGAGAUCCUAAUUCUCCUAAAAGACUACUUUUCAAAUAGUUGUGAAGCUUCCCAUGUAUGUGGCCUACUUCUUAAGGAUAUUGAUCAUAUAAGAAAAAGAUCCAUAUUCCUAAAAGACCCAUUUUCUAAAAACGGAUCACCUCCGAAAGCAUCAAACGGGUCAGCCCAAAGUCCGGCGGAUUCACCCGAGACAUUGUCUAGGGCAGCCCUAUUUUGGAGGUCCAAGCCGUUUAGUCCAUCGGCUCCAUCCAUGAGCCGCUUUCAAGCCAUGCAGAGCAGCUCAUCAAGCUUGCUCGGGCGGCUCGAGGCCCGUCGGGACAAGAUCGAGGCUAAAAUUAGCCGGCUGAAGAAGCUCAAGUGCGGCUCGGCUGUAGUCAUAGCGGCUCUGACGGCUUCUCUGGUUGUUAUGGUUGCGGCUCAUGCUUUUGUGGCCCUGGUGGCUGCCCCAGGGGUGGCUGCGGCUUCGAUCGGGACGUUUGACGUCGGGAAGCUGAGCCGGUGGUCGGUCCAGCUGGAUGCGGCGGCUAAAGGGACUUACAUAUUGAUAAGGGACUUGGACACUAUAAGCCGGCUGGUGGCUCGAGUGAACAGCGAGAUGGAGCACGUGGAGGCUUUGAUGAAGGUGUGGAUGAAGAGAGAUGAUCGGCUCCAAGCCGGCGGAGAAGUUGCGAGCCGGCUCAGGAAAAUUGAUGAAAGGUUUAUUGAACAGGUGGAUGAAUUGGAAGAGCAUUUAUAUUUGUGUAUAAUGACCAUUAAUAGAGCUAGAAAUAUUGUGCUUAAACAAAUAUUGAAUUCAUCGAAUGAAUUAGCCAUAUAAUUUUAUUUGUAUGUGUUAUGUCUAUAUAUAUUGUGUAGGACACACAAUUAUGUUCUAAAAUGAGAUGAAAUUUGAAAAUUGUAGAAAUCCUUGGCCAAACAUGGCAUAAG